AUGAUGACCCCCUCGUGGCUGACCACAGCCCUGGGGGCUGUAUGCCUCUUGCUCUCUUUUGAUCUUGCCUUUGCGGCACGAGGAAAGGCAGGAUUGAGAAAGCCUGCCAGUCCUGGCUAUCGCAGUAGAGAUGCGGCAUGCCCUGUAGCUUGCCACAUCGCAGGUCCCAAUCCCUCCAAUUGGUCUCUGUACCACAAUUUCGAUCAACUCCAGUUCUGCCACCAAACCAUGUUUUACGAUUUCUCUUUGUAUGAUCGAGUGGAUGAUCCAGACACCCUCCAUCGCCUCUAUGCUUGUAGCUCUUCUGGCCCUGACUGGUCGAGCCUCCCACGCCCGAGCGCAAAGAUGGCGUCUGCUGCUGAGUCUGUGAACACAACAUACUCCCUUGGCUGGUGGACAGAAGGCGCACUCGCCCCCUCAGAUAUCAUCUCCGUUUUGAAACAGAUGCGCUAUUAUAUGAAGAGUCAACAUAUCGCUACUCGGAGCACUGAGAGAAACACAUUCAUGUUUGCGCGAUCUGGGUCCGCCGCAGUCGGUAUUUAUAUUGGAAAAGGUCUACAAAGCGAGGGAGUCGCAUCCUUUGCGGCGAAGGCGCUGGCAGACAAUCUUCGUACUCUACGGAUCAGCUCAAGUAAUGUGGCCAUGCAAUUAUGUGAUCCCACUAGCAACAAUGCCCAUACGUUCGGGAUAUUCGCCUCUAGCAAUGGUUCUUUUUCCCCGGUGCAGGAUGCCAUGAAAACCUGGUCGACAGGAGGUUGUCUCUCCUUUGAACAUACAAAGAACGUUACCGGUCCGGCCGUCCAUACCACUCCUCUUUUGAAGAGUUCUCCCAACACCACCCAAUCGAACACCACCCGUCCCACGUCAUCCUCCCCCGGCAAGCUCGUAGCUCGGGCUGAAUGUAGCACGAUUCAGGUUGAGGGAGGAGAUGACUGCGCUGCUCUGGCGACAAAGUGUGGAAUCUCCGCGGCAGAUUUUACCGAGUAUAACUCUGACCCUCAACUCUGUUCGUCACUCAAGCCCGGGCAACAUGUCUGCUGCUCGUCCGGCACACUCCCGGACUUUGCCCCAAAACCUAACCCGGACGGAUCGUGUGCUUCGUACACCAUCCAAGAAGAUGACAACUGUGCAGAUCUUGCUGCUCAAUACAGUCUAACAAAGGAGGAUUUGGAGGGCUUCAACAAGAAGACAUGGGGCUGGAACGGCUGCUCGAAUGUUUGGAUUGGUACUAUCAUCUGCUUGAGCAGUGGAAGCCCGCCUAUGCCAAACCCCGUAGCCAAUGCGGUAUGCGGCCCCCAAGUACCAGGCACUGAAACGCCCAAAGAUACUACGGAUAUUGCAGGGCUCAAUCCAUGCCCCUUGAAUGCCUGUUGCAAUGUUUGGGGUCAGUGUGGAAUAACAGACGAGUUCUGCAUCGACACCAGCACUGGAGCGCCAGGGUCUGCUAAAAAAGGUACGAACGGUUGCAUUUCAAACUGUGGCACACAGCUCGUCCGCGGUGAUGCCCCUGAAGUCUUCCGAAGUAUUGCCUAUUUCGAGGGUUAUAGCUUGGGUAGUCGCGCGUGCCUAUAUCAGGAUGCCAUCCAAAUUGACGGGUCCAAAUACACACAUCUGCACUUUGCAUUUGGUCAACUAACAGAGCAAUAUGAGGUUAAGUUCGAGGACGUCCUGACUGAGUACGAAUUUAGGAAUUUUAUGAAAGUCGCUGGACCAAAAAAGAUCCUGUCUUUCGGUGGCUGGGAUUUCUCCACCCUGCCUGCUACAUACAAUAUUUUUCGCCAGGGAGUCAAGCCUGCCAAUCGGCUGACAAUGGCCACGAACAUUGCUAACUUUGUCAAGGCUAAUAACGUUGAUGGAGUUGAUAUUGACUGGGAGUAUCCUGGAGCACCUGAUAUUCCGGGAAUUCCGCCCGAUGAUCCGGACUCUGGUGACAAUUAUCUGGCCUUCCUCGUCAUCCUUAAGAAUCUGCUUCCCGGGAAAUCCGUUUCUAUUGCGGCCGCAUCGUCCUACAGCUACCUAAGGUAUUUCCCCAUCGAGAAGAUUAGUAAGAUCGUGGACUAUAUCAUCUACAUGACCUAUGAUCUCCAUGGACAGUGGGAUGCAAUGAAUCCCAACUCACAGAUAGGUUGUCCUUCAGGAAUGUGCCUUCGCAGUCAGGUCAACCUGACUGAGACCAUCAGUUCUUUAGUCAUGAUCACCAAAGCAGGUGUUCCCUCGCAUCAGGUUGUCGUUGGCGUAACCAGCUAUGGGCGAUCGUUCGCCAUGGCUGAUCCUACAUGUCACGGCCCAGAAUGCUUCUACACUGGAGGACCUUACGACUCGCAGGCUACCCCGGGAAAGUGCACGACCACAGGAGGUUAUAUAUCCAAUGCUGAGAUCAAUGAGAUUUUGGAGGGGUCCACAACUAACGGGCUUCUGAAACGCGACGGUCGAGUCAAUCAGCACUAUGUCGAUCCUGCUAGCGACAGCGACAUUCUAAUCUACGACAAUAACCAAUGGGUCGCAUAUAUGAGCGCUGAGACCAAGGCGUCGCGCAAGUCGCUCUACGAGAGACUCAACAUGGGCGGUACCACGGACUGGGCCACAGAUCUCCAGGAAUAUAACGAUCCUCCAACACGUGGUGGCGUGCUUGUCGACAACUGGGCUGCCUGGAAGACUGCCAUAAACAACAAACAGGACCCCUGGCAGGUUGGAAAUAGGACAGGAAACUGGACUGAGCUCCAUUGUACUGAUAGGGCCGUCGCCGAUAAGCGCGGGUUGUCGCCAUCGGAACGAUGGAACCAAAUUGAUGCUCCUCAUGCUUGGGCUGACGUGAUUGAUAUGUGGAGAACCUUUGAUAGAAGCCGCCCAAAAAUGGCAUUCACAGCGUCCAUCUCGGACACUCUUAACGGCCCAGACAAUGCUGAAUGUGGCACGUUCGCGGCGACAAACAACUGCGAUAACACUAAACAGUGUAAGGAGUUCGAUACCAAUGGUGCAGGCCCAGCAGGCUAUAUGAUUUGGAAUUCAAUGGUUUAUAUUCAUCAGCUAUACCAGAGCUAUCACAGUGCCCUAUUCCAUGAGGCCGCUUCAGUAAUCACCAACUCUCUCGAUGAUUUCGAGAAUAAGUUCGCGCCGAUACCUAAGCCCCCGGACAAUACAUGGCUCUUACUCCUGAUCGACCUCAUUACGCUUGGGACCGCUUCAGCAGCCCGCCCCAUUCUUCAAUUCCAUAAAGAAGAAGUUAACCUUAUCCCCCCAAAAGUGUUGUCAAAGUUGCCCUAUUUCAUAGCGAAGGGCUCAACACUGGACAACGUCAAGGAUACCACUAUGACCAUCAUCUCACAAAGUACAACUAUCGCCAAGGACUUGCUCGAUGACCCUGAAGCUUACGACUGGACUCCAGAGAAGCAGGAUGAGUUCACCAACUAUAUGGGCCAGGCUAUCGCGGGCUGGGGCGCCGUGAUAGAAAAGUCGUUGAGCAAAUUAUUCGACGGCUCUGACGACGCAAUCAAUACACUGACGGAGCUCAUCUCUGACGGCAAAUUUAUUGAAGACGGGGUCGGACUGCCAAAGGAUAGCUUAGCUGCUCUUCAGAAAGGUAUAGGCAAAUCGUUCUUCGCCUUCGCCAUUCCUUCCAUCUGGGCUGUUUCUGGUAGAUACCCUUUCAUUAUUGAUGCGGGCUACUCAUGUGACCAUGCCGAUGACAUGGGUGAUUAUUUGGAGGAAGAGACAAUGCAACUGGCAAAGGCCUGCUAUCGCAAUAAGCGCUACUAUCUUGCCGCACCUGAGGGGCAGCCUUGGGUGUGCUUUGAAGGUGGCUGCCUGGAUAAUCCAUUCUCUGCACUGCCCGGCGUGGACUCAAUGGGUCAAGGGUUGUUUGGCAAUGUCACCGUGGAGGAGAUCAUCAUAGGAUCAGUGCGUACAUACUUGCAGAACGGUGAGACGAAUGGCGGCAACGCAGCCGACCCUACGGAUAUGGAGACACUAGAAGAGCUGUACAACGACGAUAUCACGACGCCGGGACUGAUCCGUUUGCCAGUCUGUGGCGCGGAAACUGCCUUCCGUGCAUGGGACCAUGGCGAUACUGGGGAUACCGACGCCCCGAACUACCCCUGCGUGAUCUAUCCAGCGCCUGACUAUUGCGGCAGCUCCACAUUCGUCGACCAGACUAGUGAUGCGUCCCCAACCGUGGCGGACUGCAUGCAGAUCGUGAAGAACAUUGCUAACACAGAUGGCCACUAUGAGGUCGAGAACGCGAUCGGGUCCCAGCACCAGCUCGUCCAACAUGGGACAUGCGCCUUCGGUGUGCAGGGUAAGGGCAAGAAUGGUAACAUUGACUUCCAUGUCGGCGCGCAGGACAUUGUGGAUAUCAUAUCCGACUCCGUAAGACAAUUUGGAGGGUCUGGGAAGGUUGGUUCCAAAGGCGAGAUGUCCUGCAAGGGGACUGUCAAGGGCCAGAAGGUCGAGUGGGGGCUGUAUCAUAAUUAGGCUUGCUACAACGGCUUUAGUCGAUAUACCGAUCAAGAUGGAAUUUGAAAAAUGGUGCUUCAAUUCUAGCUGUUUUAGAUAGUUGCGCUCUUUGAU